AUGAGGGACAAGAAGGAAAGAUGUAAAAUAGCCAAAACAACUAAUAAUUUAUCACAAGCAAUAGGUGAAUUAAUAAAAGCAUCUGGUGUUCGUCAAGCAUUAGUACGUCAACACAAAUUGAUGAAACCAGAAAAUACGACCACAGUUCUUGGUAUAAUAGACACAACUGCUGGUCGAAGACGGGGAAAUCCACCACGUCCAGUGGGCGAUUGGUUAUUAAGAAUUGAUUGUCCACAUCCAGGUGCUGAUUUUAAUCAUAUAAAUAUAAAUUCAAAAUUAACCCAUAUACCUGAUCCUCAUAUUCCUAUUCAUUCCUCACGCUUCAUCGGUACAGAUAAGACGUACUUUCUAUAUUCGUUCUUCUCUGUUCUUCUACGUAUUCAAGCUUUAUUCGUUGUUUUCCCACAAGAAACCCUAUGGGUAAAA